AUGAGCCACCGCCAACGACCACCGCCAGACCAACCCGGUCCAUCACCCUACCGUUCAAACCGGUCCCCCAAAUCCCAACCCUCCGAUCCAUCCGACCAAGAGCCUUACAAUAUCAUCCCAGUUCACAACCUUCUAGCUGACCAUCCUUCCCUCCGCUUCCCCGAAGUACGAGCUGCGGCCGCCGCCCUCCGCUCCGUUGGCGACCUCCGCAAACCGCCCUUCACACCAUGGCACCCCCACAUGGACCUCCUCGACUGGCUGGGCGCCUUCUUCGGCUUCCAAGCCUCCAACGUUCGCAACCAGCGUGAAACCCUCGUCCUUCACCUCGCCAACGCCCAGAUGCGGCUCUCGCCUCCGCCGGACAACAUUGAUGUCCUCGACUCCUCCGUCCUCCGCCGCUUCCGCCGGAAACUCCUCAAGAACUACACCCAUUGGUGCUCCUUUCUCGGCCGAAAAUCGAACGUCUGGAUCUCCGACUCCACUCGCCGGUCCUCCGAUCAGCGCCGCGAAUUACUCUAUGUAGGCCUGUUUCUACUAAUCUGGGGUGAGACCGCUAACCUCCGCUUCGUUCCCGAAUGUCUAUGCUACAUUUUUCAUCAUAUGGCUAUGGAACUGAAUAGAAUUCUUGAGGACUACAUUGAUGAGAACACGGGUAGGCCUGCUUUACCUUCAAUAUCUGGAGAAAACGCGUUUCUGAACCGGGUUGUGAAACCCAUUUACGAAACAAUCAGGGUUGAGGUAGAAAAUAGUAAAAAUGGGACUGCCCCUCACUCUGCUUGGCGGAAUUAUGACGAUAUCAACGAGUAUUUCUGGAGUAAGAGGUGUUUUGAGAAGCUAAAGUGGCCUAUUGAUAUUGGGAGUAAUUUUUUUGUGCCGAGCAGUAGGGGGAAGAGGAUCGGGAAGACGGGGUUUGUGGAACAAAGGUCAUUUUUGAACUUGUAUAGGAGCUUUGAUAAGCUUUGGAUUAUGUUGAUUUUGUUUAUGCAGGCAGCAGUGAUUGUUGCGUGGGAGAAGAAGGAGUAUCCGUGGCAGGCGUUGAAGAGUACGGAGGUUCAGGUGAAAGUAUUGACCGUGUUCUUUACAUGGACUGGGUUGAGGUUUUUGCAGUCGUUACUUGAUGCCGGCAUGCAGUAUAGGUUGGUUUCAAGGGAGACAAUGUGGCUCGGGGUGAGGAUGGUGUUGAAGGCUGUUGUGGCAGCCACGUGGAUUGUGGUUUUUGGGGUUUUCUAUGGGAGAAUUUGGACUCAGAAGAAUAGUGACAGAGGGUGGUCUGGUGCGGUGAAGAAGAGGGUCGUGAACUUUCUUGAGGUCGCAUUGGUGUUCAUUGCCCCGGAGCUUCUGGCACUGGCUCUGUUUAUUUUGCCAUGGAUUCGGAAUUUCAUUGAGAAUACGAAUUGGAGGAUCUUUUAUAUCUUGUCAUGGUGGUUUCAGAGCCGAACUUUUGUUGGUCGUGGCCUUAGGGAAGGUCUUGUGGAUAAUAUCAAGUAUACUCUUUUCUGGGUGGUUGUGCUUGCUACAAAGUUUUCCUUCAGUUACUUUUUGCAAAUCAAACCCAUGAUUGAACCAACGAAGACCCUUUUGCGCAUCAGGGAUGUAAAUUAUGAGUGGCAUGAAUUUUUUAGCCACAGCAACAGGUUUGCAGUUGGGUUGUUGUGGCUUCCUGUUGUUUUGAUUUACCUGAUGGAUCUGCAGAUUUGGUACGCCAUUUACUCCUCGUUUGUUGGUGCAGCAGUUGGGCUGUUUUCUCACUUGGGUGAGAUUCGGAACAUACAGCAGUUGAGAUUGAGAUUCCAAUUCUUUGCCAAUGCAAUUCAGUUUAAUCUCAUGCCCGAGGAGCAGUUGUUAAAUGCAAGGGGGACUCUGAGGACCAAGUUUAAGGAUGCCAUCCACCGAUUGCAGCUGAGGUAUGGACUUGGCACGCCCUUCAAGAAGCUGGAAUCAAAUCAGGUGGAGGCAAACAAAUUUGCGUUGAUAUGGAAUGAGAUCAUUUUGACAUUCAGGGAAGAAGACAUCCUCAGUGAUCACGAGGUUGAGCUAUUGGAGCUGCCUCAAAAUACCUGGAAUGUUAGGGUUAUUCGCUGGCCGUGUUUACUCCUCUGCAAUGAGCUAUUGCUUGCCCUCAGCCAGGCAAAGGAGUUAGUAGACGCUCCGGAUAAGUGGCUUUGGUAUAAAAUCUGCAAGAAUGAAUACAGGCGUUGCGCUGUUAUCGAAACUUAUGACUGUAUUAGGCACUUGCUGCUUGAGAUUGUGAAAACCAACACUGAGGAGCAUUCCAUUGUUACAAUCUUCUUUCAAGAAAUUGAUCAGUCCGUUCAGAUUGAGAAGUUCACAAGGGACUUCAAGAUGACUGCACUUCCCCAGAUCCAUGCCAAGUUGAUCACUCUUCUUGAUAUACUAAUCAAGCCAAAGAAGGAUCUUGACAAGGUUGUGAACACUCUACAGGCCCUUUAUGAGAUUGGUAUUCGAGAUUUUCUCAAUGAGAAGAGGAGUAUGGACCAGCUUAGGGAGGAUGGUUUGGCUCCUCGCAGGCCAGUUUCCAGCACAGGAUUGCUUUUUGAGAAUGCUGUCGAGGUACCUGAUAUAGAUAAUGAGACCUUUUAUCGCCAGGCUCGGCGCCUGCACACAAUUCUUACGUCUAGGGACUCGAUGCACAAUAUCCCAGUAAAUCUUGAGGCUAGACAUCGAAUUGCUUUCUUCAGCAACUCUCUGUUCAUGAACAUGCCUCAUGCUCCUCAAGUUGAGAAAAUGAUGGCUUUCAGUGUUUUGACUCCUUAUUACAAUGAAGAAGUACUGUACAGCAAGGAACAACUUCGAACUGAGAAUGAAGAUGGGAUUUCUAUCCUAUAUUACUUGCAGACGAUUUAUGCUGAUGAGUGGAAGAAUUUCAUGGAGCGAAUGCGACGAGAAGGGAUGGUGAAAGAUAACGAAAUAUGGACUACCAAGCUGAGAGAUAUUCGGCUUUGGGCAUCAUACAGAGGCCAAACGCUUGGCCGCACUGUGAGGGGAAUGAUGUAUUACUAUCGAGCUCUCAAGAUGCUGGCUUUUCUGGAUUCUGCAUCUGAGAUGGACAUCAGGGAAGGAUCACGGGAGCUUGCUUCCAUGAGGCAUAGUGGCAGUGUUGAUGGUUUGACCUCAGAGAGGUCACCAUCUACAAGGAGUCUGAGUCGAGCAAGUAGUUCAGUUAGUUUGUUGUUCAAAGGCCAUGAGUAUGGGACUGUUCUGAUGAAAUUCACUUAUGUUGUUGCUUGCCAGAUUUAUGGGUCUCAAAAGGCCAAAAAGGACCCCCGUGCGGAGGAAAUCCUGCAUCUGAUGAUAAACAAUGAAGCUCUUCGGGUCGCCUAUGUCGAUGAGGUGUCAACAGGGAGGGAUGAGAAGGAGUUUCACUCUGUUCUCGUGAAGUAUGAUCAACAGUUGCAGAAGGAAGUGGAGAUCUAUCGAAUCAAGUUGCCAGGUCCUUUGAAGCUUGGGGAGGGUAAGCCAGAAAAUCAGAACCAUGCUCUUAUAUUUACUAGGGGAGAUGCCGUUCAGACUAUUGAUAUGAAUCAAGACAACCAUUUUGAGGAGGCACUGAAAAUGCGGAAUCUCUUGGAGGAGUACCGACACUACUAUGGUAUCAGGAAGCCUACUAUCUUGGGAGUUCGGGAAGAUAUUUUUACUGGCUCUGUCUCAUCACUUGCCUGGUUCAUGUCGGCUCAGGAGAAAAGUUUUGUCACCUUGGGGCAGCGAGUCUUGGCGAACCCUUUGAAAAUCCGGAUGCAUUAUGGCCACCCAGAUGUGUUUGACAGGUUUUGGUUCUUAACUCGUGGUGGGAUAAGCAAGGCUUCUAGAGUGAUUAACAUCAGUGAGGACAUUUUUGCUGGCUUCAAUUGCACAUUGCGAGGUGGGAAUGUCACUCAUCACGAAUAUAUUCAAGUUGGCAAGGGAAGGGAUGUUGGGUUAAAUCAAAUAUCCAUGUUUGAAGCCAAGGUUGCAAGCGGAAAUGGUGAGCAAGUUCUUAGCAGAGAUGUCUAUAGGUUGGGUCAUAGAUUGGACUUCUUUCGGAUGCUGUCAUUCUUCUACACUACUGUUGGGUUCUUUUUCAAUACAAUGAUGGUUGUUUUGACGGUUUAUUCAUUUCUAUGGGCCCGGCUUUAUCUGGCUCUUAGUGGUGUUGAGGGUUCUGCUACGGCACAGGGCACCAACGAUAAUAAAGCACUUGGUGCAAUUUUGAAUCAGCAGUUUAUCAUCCAACUUGGUCUGUUCACUGCCCUACCCAUGAUUGUGGAGAAUUCAUUGGAGAAUGGUUUCCUUGCGGCCAUCUGGGAAUUCAUAACAAUGCAGCUCCAACUUUCAUCAGUUUUCUUCACUUUUUCCAUGGGAACUCGUGCCCAUUACUUUGGCCGAACUAUUCUUCAUGGUGGAGCAAAGUACCGGGCAACUGGUCGUGGUUUUGUUGUGCAGCAUAAGAGUUUUGCAGAGAAUUAUAGACUCUAUGCUCGUAGCCACUUUGUGAAGGCAAUUGAGCUGGGGCUAAUACUCAUCGUUUAUGCUUCCUAUAGCCCAGUAGCUACUGGCACUUUUGUUUACAUAGCAUUGACAAUCACAAGUUGGUUCCUGGUAGUAUCUUGGAUCAUGGCUCCCUUUGUUUUCAAUCCUUCUGGCUUUGAUUGGUUGAAAACUGUAUACGAUUUUGAUGAAUUUAUGAACUGGAUAUGGUUUCGUGGUGGUGUGUUUGCAAAAGCUGAACAGAGCUGGGAAAGAUGGUGGUACGAGGAACAGGAUCAUCUAAGGACAACUGGUCUUUGGGGAAAGGUACUGGAAAUAAUAUUAGACCUCCGGUUUUUCUUUUUCCAGUAUGGGAUUGUUUACCAGCUAGGCAUUGCUGCGGGAAGCAAAAGUAUUGCUGUUUACUUGCUCUCUUGGAUCUUCGUUGUGGUGGCUCUUGGACUUUAUACAAUUAUUGCUUAUGCUCGGGAGAAAUAUGCUGCUAGAGAACACAUAUACUAUCGUAUGGUUCAGUUCCUUGUUAUUACUCUUGCCAUUCUUGUGAUCAUUGCCUUGCUGCAGUUUACUCAGUUCAAAUUUCUUGAUCUUUUCACGAGUAUGUUAGCAUUCAUUCCCACCGGGUGGGGCUUCAUUUCAAUUGCUCAAGUACUCCGGCCAUUUCUGCAGAACACCUUGAUUUGGGAGACUGUUAUUUCGGUGGCUCGCAUGUAUGAUAUAAUGUUUGGGGUGAUUAUCAUGAUCCCAGUGGCACUACUAUCGUGGUUGCCUGGGUUCCAGUCAAUGCAGACAAGGAUCCUCUUUAAUGAGGCGUUUAGUAGGGGUCUGCAGAUAUUCCAGAUUGUGACUGGGAAAAAGCGUAAGGUUGACUUGUGA